CACACCAUUUCACCAUGCAAACAAUGCAAACCCCCUCCCUCCUUUCUACCUCAUAUGCGAGAGUAGGAGGAAUUUAUCUUCCUAACGCACUUCUCAAACUUUUGCGAGUUUAUGUUGUUGUUAUUGUUGAUAUGGGUUCAGACACGUUGCCUUUGAUCGAAUUGAACAUUGUAGAGGACUUUGAAGCCAUUUUAAAUCCUGAAGGCUAUUUUUCUAUUUGUGGAUUUGGAUCUCUUCUUUCUGAGAGGAGUGCGAGGUCCACAUUUCCGGAGUUGAGGAAUUUUAGAGCGGCCAUCCUUCGUGAUUUUCGUCGCAUAUCUGCUCAUACCUCUGCUGUCUUCUAUGACCGUGGCAUCGCCAAUGUCGACACCAAGGAGAUAUCUAGUUUGAGUGUGGAACCCUGCCCCGGAGAGCACCUUAUCGUCACUGUCUUUGAAUUAAAGAAGUCAGAGGUAGCAUCUUUCAUGGCAAGGGAGCCUGAAUUUCGUUAUGUAGCAGUGGUGCCGGAGGGAUUUGAUGGGAUUCCUUUUCCUUAUCCAGCUGCGCUCUGUGCAUCCUAUGGCAACGAUGAAGAAUUUUUCCGCAAGAAAUGCAAAGGAAGCCAUGAGAUCUAUUACCAGUAUUUUGGGCGUCUCAAUAUUUAUAAGGUCUUUCGGGAGGAUAUCUUGCCAUGCCGUGUUUAUUUUCGACAUUGUAUCUUGUCAGCGAAGAGCCUUAGCGAAGCAGCGUACGAUAACUUCCUGGAGCACACCUUCCUGGCGGAUCGAAAAACAACAUUGAGAGAGUACCUCAACGGUGCCGGUUCAGGAAUCAUGGAAGAGAAACCUCCCGAAUCUGUCACGGGCCGAUAUGAUGGUUGACUGACUCUACAAAAUUAGCAGAGGAGGCAAGACUGAUGUCUAUCCAAAAUUUAGCAAGGAAAUUUGGAUGGACAGCCCUCUACAUAUUUAUAUGUAUUGGUUCUAAGUUCUUAAUUGUAUGUGAAUGGUACUGUAUGAAUGAGGUUAUUGUUAUGGGCAUAUCAAGCUUUUGGCA